CUGCCGCUUCCGCUCCCUUCCAAGGUUCCUCUCACCCUACAGGAGGGGGAAGCGCAGAAGCGUCCAGCGAUCGCUAACUAGGAAGUAGGAGUAGGAGAGGGUCCGAGCGGGAAACGGCGGGCCCAUCGCAGGUGCCAAAGCCCUCCAGCUCGCCGCGGCUUGCCCGACCUCCUGGCCCCCAAUGGCUUCUCCCGCCAUCGCUCUGCCCGAAGCAGAUCACGCCACUAAAGAACCAGUAGAAGACACUGACCCUAGCACUUUAUCCUCAGAAAAUAUAGAAAAGUAUCCUGUCCAAGAUACAGCAUUACCCAAAGAUGAAGAAUACCAAACAGAAAAGGUGACUUUGGAAAUUUCAUCCAUUAACAUUACAAGCCUAACAUCGGAUUCUGGCUUGAAACACCAGCCUGAAGAAGACGAUGACACUCAAAGUAGUGCUGGUGAUUCACCUACAGAUUUGAAGAACUCAUGUACAGAAAAUGGCUCUUGCUCUUUGUGUACAUCUCACCAGCCAACCAUUGGUGACCUUCUAAAUGAUGAGGACUUGCUGUAUAUGAUGAGGAUCAAAUUGGAUCCAUCCCACCCGACAGUGAAAAACUGGAGAAACUUUGCAAGCAAAUGGGGAAUGACUUAUGACGAGUUAUGCUUUCUGGAACAGAAACAACAGAGUCCCACCUUGGAAUUUUUGUUACGGAACAGUGACAGAACUGUGGAGCAGCUGAUUGAUCUCUGUAAAUUAUAUCAAAGAGUUGAUAUUGAAAAAAUACUGCAGAAGUGGGUGGAGAAGGAAUGGCCAAAAAGAGGCCAUGGGGCCUAUCAGAAAAACAUAUAAAGGAGAAAAAUGACAAUGUGGAAAAUCAAGAAUGGGGUUUGAUUGACUUUGCUUCUGGUGCGCAUAGAUCUUUUUUUUUUCUAGAGAAAGGACACUAUACUGUUCUUAUUUUUACAGCAUAAGCUGUACUUACCCUUUGUAGUGAUAAGGAUGACCUUUAAUUAUGAAUCAAGUCAAAGUCUUUCACAGAUGUCAAAGUCUACAGUGCUCAGACUUUUGAAGCAAUAAGAGAAACAAUGAAAAUUAUCAGCAUGCUCUAUAGGAUACCUGCAUAAUCAUUUACUUCUGUUUAGCAGUCUUUGUCCUGUAUUUCUCUUUGACUGGAAAUUGUAUAGAAAUUAAACAUAGAAGGGAAAAGGGAGGUCCUCUUCAAGGAAUAAUCCAUGCCUGUGCUUGUGCAUUUGGUCUUGUUCCACGCCUUUCCAGGUCGCCUUUGUUCAUGAACAAACCAGCAGAAGAUACUGCAGAUCAGAACUGGGAUAGUCUCAUAUGACUUCAUCUGGAAGGGAGAACUUUUAUACCCAAAGAUAUAUAUGAACAGUACAGAAAUAAGCCAUGUUUUCAAUCAUACAUUGUAAAAAUAUAGCAUCAGAUAUUGGCAUUGUUGGGCAUCUUCCAGGAGGGCCAAUUCUGGACAUUUUGGCACCAUAGGCAAAGUCAUAUUGUGGUACCUCCUGUGAUUAUAUUUAUCUCUUGAGUAGCCAUGCUGAUGCACAGUGUGCUGUAACUGCUUUUCUGGAUUUUACUUUGAUAAGCUGAUAGUCACUUGCUCAGUACCUUCCUAUCAGACUUUUCUCUUGCUUUGGUAAUAUAAGUUUCCUGAAGUCCGUACUAGCUGUAAUAAUUAUUUCUUUUUCAAAACUUGCAAUGCCUGGUUGGUGUGAUGUUCACUACCACUCAACUGACUUUGUGCAUGUAUUGUUGAAAUGUGUAGAAAGAAAUGAUUGUAAUACAAUGAGGAAAGAUGCAUUUUAUACUCUAUUAUGCCUCUUUUCAAAUAUUGACAAAAUCUGGAGCUGACAAGAGAUACCUAAUCCAUUUGUAUAUACAAAUGCAGCUUCAGUGCCCCUAUCAUAAUUUUAAAGCCAGAAUAAAAGUAGAAUAUAGAUCACAUAUGUGGUAGAUCAGCAAGUGUUUUUGGCUCCCAGUUCCAUUUCUCCUCAGCCCAUUUUCUUCCAGAUGUGUUGGACUGCAGUGCUUAUCUGCAAGAAUGUUUGUCCUCAUAGCCCAACUCACCUGGAGGAUAGCAGGCCAAGGAAGUUUAUCAUAGCAAUAACAAGGUUUUCCUUUUUCAGAACUAGGCUAUUAGAGUAUUUUAUAUGUGGUAACUAAAAUGUAAACUUGCAUUUGUGGAUCCUUGCAGGAGAUCAUGCUUCAGUCAAAGAACAUGUAAUUGGCAACAAUUCCUUGGCACCAAACUGAUCUUAAAGCUCAAAUUUAAGAAAAAAUAAAAUAAAAUCUCACAACUCUGAAAUCUACCUGUAACUUCAUUUCAAAUCUUUAUUUAAUGGAUGACACAAUUAAUUGUCAGCUUAAUUGCAGUCUCAAAAUCUCUGAAAUGUAUUCCCUUGAUUUAAGACUGCAUUUUUAAAUUUAUCUAUCAUGUAAGGGAUCAUUCAAACCUUUCCUCUUCUGAGAUGAUUGAUUCAAAAGCUGAUCAUUUAAUGUUUGCAACAACCUGUGUUUCAACUCAUUUAAUAAUUUUAGAGAAACUAUUAUAAGCAGCAUGCUAAUUAAGUAUAUUUGUGCCGCAUAAAGCAUCACAUUUUAAGAUAAAUAGUAUUCUGAACAGUGUGUACUUAUAUCACAGAAUUAUCAAGAUCUAAUCCUUGAUAGGUGCUUUUUUUUCAGAGUAUGCAGAAUCUCUAUCUGCCUUUGAAUUGAAGUGGUUAGAUCUCAAAUGUGGAUAAUAUAUUAAAAUAUUUUAAGAGUGAUUACAUUAAUUGGAAUUGCUCAUUCCCUCUAGCAAUUAGAAAAUAUGUUCAAACAUGUUUUCAGAGACAGUUUGAGAACUAGUGCUACUCCAGGGUAUUACAAAGCACUUAUCUUCUCUACAAUAUUAUAAUAAAAUAGUAUGAACUAUCUAUUAAUAAUUUCAGGGAUACCCUUGAAAUAUUAUCAGAAAUUAAUCAUUAAAUGAAUUGGAGUCACUUGGCAUUGUGAACACACUUUAGUUUCUAUAGCACACAACAAUGUGGGCAGAAAGCCAGCUCAAUAUUAAACUCAGACAUUGUUUGAUCUCAUUACAAAUAACCAUAAAAUGCAAAUAAAAUACAGUAUGUUGGAAUGUAAAAGAGUUGCUCACAUGCAUUAGAAUAUAACUUAUAAGAAAAUGUGAGUUCAAGAUCUUCAUUGUAAGGAAUUCAGUCCUAAAACCUAAAUUCUUAAAUGUACUUCCUAACAAGCUUCUAUCUCAAGGGUGAAGAGACCUUGGUUUUCAUUAGAAAUAUAAUUUUCAGAUAUGAUACGCUUUUGAAAACGUCUCUAAAAAUUGGAGUAAAAAUGCUGCUAUCAGGGAGAAUUCUUGUGAUGAAUUGAGCUUUUAGGCUAUUCUACUAAACUCAAGCAUACUUAAUUGCCAUACAUUUUUUUAUAUAGUUGUAGCUCUUUAGAGUUAUGCUUGAAAAUUAAGCAUUUCUAUUACUGUAUUACUUUCUAUUACUACUAUAGUAGUACGCUGUAUUUUAAAACUUCUAAUUUUGUUAAUAUAUUCCUUUUUUGUAAUAGAUUUGAGUUCAAAGCAUUUUUGUUUAUGUACCGGUAUCAUUGAUCUGUUAUGUUUGUUAUAUGUUUUUGAUAUACAGUUUUAGAAGAUUUUUUUUCAUCCUAUUUUUGUUUUGAUUAAGAAUGUUACUGUUACUUUUCUACACUACUUUGUUGUAACUAUUUAAGAUAUGCAUUUCAGUCAUUAAAAGACUAUUGUCAGAAGAUGCACAACCCUAGAAUUUGGACUCUGUUUAGGAUAUAGUGGGAUUUAUUAAAAUGAAGAUCAGUGAAUUCAGAGUUUUACUCGCUCGCUGAGUAUAGAAAUAUUUCCCUCCUUAUAUAGUGAUUACAAACAAAAGAGCUCUGAAUCACGAUAGCUAUCUACAGACUUUGGUUUCUUCUUAGCACAAAAUAUAUAUUGACAUACCUUAUGAACAAUCACUUCUAGUUGUCUUAUUUCAUCUCAGAGAAGUCAUAUAAACAGAUAUUUUAAAAUGCUUAAUUCAUUCCAUUACAAGCUC